UUUUACGCCCGCAACAUUCUUGCUCGUUUCCUCCGUCUCCCCUCCUGGAGUCGCGACUCUGAACCCUAAAGCGUAGAUCCCCGCGCAGCAGGAGCAAUAACUCGCGCGUACGAAAUUUCCUCCAGUAAAACAUGAGGGAUUUUUUUGAGUGCAUUCGCCACCCGAGCACUAAGUGGGCGCAGAGCCUAGACAAGGUUUACUUGAUGAUUGAGCUGCCCGACGCAAAGGAUGUGAAGCUCAAGUUGAACCCUGAUGGCCAUUUCAACUUCUAAGCAACGGCCCCUCCUGAUGACAUGCAGUAUGAGCUUGACCUUGAGCUCUUUGAUGUUGUCAGUGUUGAGGAGAGCCAAGCGGCUCUUGCCCCGAGGACUAUAUGCUACCUUGUCAAGAAAGCUGAGGGCAAGUGGUGGCCUAGGCUGCUCAAGAAGGAAGGCAAACCACCUGUGUUCCUCAAGGUUGACUGGGAUAAAUGGCAAGAUGAGGAUGAUGAAGACGCUGGAUUUGGUGACUUUGGUGAUAUGGACUUCUCGAAGCUGGAUAUGGGAGGUGGUGAUGACGAUGAUGAGAUUUUGGAGCAUGAUGAAAACAAUGUGGUUGACAAUGCUAACAAAGGAAGCUUAUGAUGUUUAUCUUGUACUACAUGAUUUUUUCGGGAAGCAUAUGCCUGUUCAAGGCUUCAUAUUUCUGUCCUGCUAUUUGAUUAGUGCUAUUCUGAUAAUAUUCAGAACGAGCAUACUAGUAAGACAUUUUGAUGAAUCCUACUCUUAAUUAUUUAGCCUUUUAGGUGAGCCCUCAAUUUUUUUGGAGGUCCAAUGAGAGAGUAGCAUAGACAUAUCUUCAGUGUUGCUUUCAUAAUCUCCCUAUCACAUACACAUGCCUGUGGAAGUGUCGAACACUGUCCAAUGUUGUUCAAUGUAAGUCGAGGCGACUGUCGUAACUCUUAAUCAUCAGUUCCAAGAACAGUACAUAGAGACUUUGGUCGGCCUUCUCUUUUGUGAAUUACUACAAAAUUUUGAUUUGGUCUAUUUAACUUGUGAAGUCUGGUCUCGACUCUCGGAUAUCGAAAAUGGAUUUUAUGGGUUGUACUGUUUGCUGAACUAAUUUCAUGUUGUUGUAAAUGCAGCUGAUGUAGAUGUCGAGACAGAGGAGGGGAGCAAGGGAGGGGAAGCUCCAUCAGCUGCGGGUGAAGAAGCAAAGUCAUAAAAGAUUGGAGGCGAUGGCAUGGUUACAAUGAUGAUCACGAGAUCUGUAUCUAGACACUGGUAGAAUUUUGGCGUGCCCCUGAAGUUGGGUAGUAGAGGUGGUGUUGGUAGCUUUUGGCCGGGGGCUAUCUGUAGUGUUUGACGGACGGCACUGCUGUGCAUUCUGUUAUCCUGCACUUCUUGUUUAUUGUAGACCUGCUAGGUAUGUUAAUUGCAUGAGAUUGUGGUGUCACGUAUCUCAGAUAAUAUAAGAUUGCUUACUGUUGAUGAAAACAUGAAGGGCCUAUUUGGAUUAUA